CUAAAUUAAAUACCAAAAACUAUCUUCUUCUUCCUAUUUUUCUAAGAAAAACCGUCCACCAUGGGAGAGGAAAAAGCGUGAGGUUCUCAAAUAAGUCUCACCCCGAUUUUUUGUCAAACCGUCGAUUUAAUCGUGUAAACGUUAUGAAAUCAAGUAGCUACACCCAAAUGUAGCAAAUGAAAGGAAAAAGGAUCGGCGAAAGAAGAAAUGUCGAAUGGAAAGGUUUGGAAAUAACGUCAUCCAGGUUAAUUGGAUCGGGGAUUCCUUUGAAUAUUUCUUUCGUUUCUUCGCCAGCACUGCAUCCUCGGGGGUGUUACAAAUAUACUGAAGGAUGUCGUCUCGGAGGGAGAGCUCAACAAAUCUCUACCUCAGAUGCAGGAUCCAUUCUUUUUGGAUAAAGCGCCAUUGGAAAAGAAUGAAACAAGAGGCAUACUGCCCAGGAGAGACCCUCCUAAGGAAACGGAACCCACGAAGGAGGCUCCAGCCCAGAAUGUACCCAAGGAAAACUCCAGGAAGGAUGUUGAAGGACCGACUGAAGAGGCGAAAGAAAAAAAACCAUUCCCUUACCGGUUCGUGACCAAGAGGAAGAAGGAAAACCCAGUGGAUUGCAUGUCAAUUUUUGGGAAGCUGGAUAUCACCAUACCAUUCCUCCAAGCCGUGAAUCUACCCCCGCUUGGAAAAUUUAUCAAAGAAUUCAUAGCCGGGAAAGCCCAGAAGGAUGAGAAGAUCAUGGUGAAAGGAAUAGCGUCAGCAAUUGUGCAAGAAAAGCUACCGCCCAAGAGAGCAGACCCAGCUUUUGCAGGGUGACAGUGGCUGGCAGGGCGCGUGAGCAGAGAAACGAGAGGCAACGUCCAAUCAGAGACCAGCAUUACCAACCGUCUCUCACUCGAAUCGGCGUAACCUGAAAACCGCCUGCAACCAGUUACAACCCACAACUGCAUAUUCCAACUCCAUAACCACACCGUCUCUCCCAUUUCAUUUCAAAACCCUCACCUGCAAUUUCUCUCUGCAUUACACACAGAAAAUCACAGAUCUAAGCCAUGGGAAAGAAAGCAUGGGCAAAGAAAAUCAAACCCACUUCAACCCGCAGGGAAGAAACUCCAGAAUCACCACCGCCGCGGGAAGGACGGCCGCCGAGCCCACAACCAGAACCGCAACUACCGGAGCCGACUCCUCAGGUGCCAACAAUGGUCUCCUUGGAUGCAAUGGCGGAAUUCCUUCGACAGCACCCUAAUAGAGAUUGGGCGGCGGCGCUGGCCGGUUUUAGUCAAAUCGGGAGAAAAGGGAUCAUGACCGGAGAAACCCCAUCUGAACCGAUUAUGCAAUCCACGGUACAACCACCCAGCUCCAUUCCGACUUCCUUCGAAAUUCCACCAGGAAGAGAAUCUCCCUCAAUUAUCGCACCGCCUGAGUCUGCGGAACCCUCCCAAACUCCACAAUAUAGUGAUUCGGUGGAGGUUGACCCCAUCUCCGCCCAUUAGGAUUCUGACGCAGAAGAACGUGAAGCGAGAAGAAGAGAGGAGGAAAAGGGCCAGAAGGGAGGCGAUGAACCAGAGAAAAUGCCAACAGCGGAACCCAUUCCUCUAGAAGCAGCGAGGGAAGAGAUAGAUUUGAAUGAGGCGGCCAAGAAACAAGGCUUAAUGACUGAUGAUGAAUUUCAGGCAAUUUUGGAUGGAGUGAAUCAGAGAGAAGAUGAUACUGCCACGAUGGUUGAGGAUUUGGACCUCACAUCUAGGGCAGUAGGAGAGGAAGAGCCAGAGUUAGAAACUCCCCAGACAGAGGUGGGGGAGAGUGAUGAGCAUAUUGAGGAAGAGUCAGUACCAAGAGCGGAGGUACCAGAACCAGUAGCACCUCCGGUGACGAAACCAAAGGCAGUCAAGAGGAAGUUGGUCUUGAAGCGCUAUCCGAGGGCAGAGAGGCCAAAGCUAGAGAGGGUAUCACAAAGAUGUCUCAGAAAGUGGGCAUCUAGCAAGGCGAACCCAAACACAGAGGCAGAUCCGGUGGAGAUCUUGAGUGAUGAGGAAAGGGCUACUCCCACAAAACCUGGGGAGGAGUUUUUACCUACUACUGACUUAGAGGAUACUACAAGGAAAAACGAAGCGGUCUCUCCAACGCUGAGUAGCCAAGGUGAAGAGGCUGACGGGAUGGCUGAGGCUCUGGACCUCGCAUCCAGGUCAGUAGGCCACAAGGAGACCAGUCCUACUGCCCAGGAUCAAUUUUCAACACAAGCUGAGAAGGAACCUGAAGAAGAGAAAGACGAGGAUGAUGGAGAGGAAGCUAGAUAUCAGGAAGAAAGGAAGCGAAAAGGGAAAGCUCUUAUGAAGAAGAAACCCAGUGUCAAGGCGCACAACAAAUACAGGCGUAGUCAUAACUGA